AUGGCCGAGUAUGAGCAGGACUUUGCGCUCGUGUACGACCCGUAUUCGCAGGACUUCGUCGGAUGCUUUGAUGAGUACAUGUUUCUCCAUUUAUUACGUUCGGGAGAUUUCAAGUGUUUGAGUAGUCGGUGUGGUGACUAUAUAAAGGCCAAUCGCAUUUCUACUUUAUGCACAGUGCCGGAAGAUUGCUCUGCGAAGGAUGCGCUACCUCUCGUGCUUAGCCAACGUUCAAGGCGUGUGUUUGUGUGGUCUACAAAAAGGGAUGGCCCUAUGGGUUGUGUGACUGCAAGGUGCUACCUUGGCUACAUAACCAAGCACCUCCGCGGUUGCCAUCGUCAUAGGAAGGUGAAUGUCGAUGAUAUUCGUUCGACUGUGGACUACGUCACGGUUUCUGAUGAUACCACGCUCCGCGAGCUUACGGGUUUUUUAUUAGAGCAAGAGGAGUUGCUACUGCACGAUUCUGAUGGGAUCACAGUAUAUAUUUUAAAUCGCAAAAUCAUUUUACAUUAUAUUUUAUCAUUGUUACACAAAAAGGAAAUAGUAAGAUUGUCCACGGUAUUAAGGUUUGUUUUGGAUUACUUUCGUUCACUCCCCAAUCCUCGGCCUCUUCUCCCCGUGGUGGGGAACAGUUCGCCGUUGAUUGAAGUUUUACCCAUUAUGUUAUCGUCUGCCGAUGGUGUGGUUUUGGGUGUUGACCGUGAGAAGGGUCGUCAACGUGUGCUGAGUGUUUGGGAUGUGUUGCAACAUAUGUUGUACCAUUUGGUGGAGGAGAGUGAUCACCGCGCCAAGUCGUCCGUAGUUCGCGGCGGUGUGACGAUUCCUGUUCUAACAAUUGCACGAGAUGAAUCUGAGAGAUCGCUAAUCCAGUUUGAGGGUUCUUCCGCUUACACUCUCGGUGUAGAUUCUCUGGGCAACCUUGCGAUAAGUGCUGGUGACCAGCCGAUGCUUAUUAUGAAUAAUGAGCAUAACAUCUCAAUUCACAUGCGGAAUCUUUCCGUACGUUCCAUUGAUUUCGGCGGUGACCUAGUAGUCGAGGGUGUGUCGCAAUUUAAGAUGAUCUGGCGUGAGGAUUUCGUUGAUUCCGGCGGCUGGAGUGGUACAGUGGACAAAGUUGAUGUUUCCAAAUGUGCUGGUAUACCGAUGCUUGGCGGUUUCAAGAAUUUCGGCAGGGGUUCGGUACAGAAGACCUUCAUUGAGCUGCCAGUCCACCGUGAAUUGCGCCUCAAAGCUACAUUCCAUUUUCUGGAUCAAUGGUCUGGUGAGAGCGGAUACAUGAAGAUCAAUCCGUCUUCUUCUGCACCACUGGAAUACAUUUGGACCGACUCUCACGUCCAGGGCAUCAGUUCAGGUAUAAACAUCUGCGGUGGUGACACCCCGGAUUCGAAGUUCGCUGUACCAAUAGAUGUGACAAUACCACACAGUGCCGAGCGUUUUACUGUGGGUAGGUGCCUUAGUGUUGUUGGCAAACAAUAUGUACAGAAUUCGGCAGUACGCUGGAAGGCGAUCCUGUUCAGAAGUCAUGGGGUAUUUCAGGGCUCGAAAUUCACGUUCGCUGAGCUAACAGCAACGAAACCCUGUGCCAGCAAGCACGUGUGA